UUCCCUUCCCGGCCGGCAUUGUGACUUCAACCAGGGAGAGGGGCUUCGGCCGCGGUCGCCGGAGGCCGGAGCCAUCGCGGCCCGUUGCGGCGCCGGCUGAUGACGUCGGACGGGUGCCCAGACGGGGGUGCGGGGCGGCCUGGCCACCAUGAACAGCGUGGGCUCGGAGUGCUUGGAGCUGAAGCGCGGCUAUGACCUGUGCUUCAACCGCUGGUUCGCCGAGAAGUUCCUGAAGGGCGAGCGGAGUGCGGACCCGUGCAGCGAGCUCUUUAAGCAGUACCAGGAAUGUGUGAAGAAAGCCAUCAAAGAAAAGGAAAUCCCAAUUGAAGGACUGGAAUUCAUGGGGCCAAGACAGGAGAAGCCCUUUGGAAGUGGUGGUUCAUCGUAAUGAACACUGACAUGGGAUUGUCGCCUCCAUUACUGUAUGAACUUUACAAGCCAUUUGUACAGCUCGGCGUGGGGAACCUCACAACAGUGGACACAGGGAGCAGAGUUAAUACAAUGCUGGUUAAUUAAAUUCUGGAACUAUAGUUGUGAAUCACUUACAAAGUGAUCAUGAUUUGAAGUUGGUGAAUUUGUACGCUUUUUAUAACUUUGAAGUGGCGCGUAACUUUGGUUCUUGUGAGACCCUGAUCCACAAAAUAAGAAUGCUACAGUAAUGAGUCGAUUUCUGCACUGAGCAACAAAUAGUUAUGUAAUUUUUUUGUGACACACAAAAUUUUAAUAUAUUCCCUUAAGUCUU